AUGUGCGGCAGGUACGCUAUCAAUCUGCGCCCUUCAGAGGUGCGCCGCAUGUUGCAAGCGGAUAACAUGCCAGUCGACGACGCGCCGGACAAUGAAGGCGACGACUCUCCCAGACAGAGCUACAACUUUGCGCCGGGGUAUCGCGGCGUGGUCUACAGGGCCAGGGUGGGCGGUGGUAGCCGUGGAGCUGGAGGACGGAGGAGAGCGGCGCACGAUGCUAGUUCUAGUGCUCAGGACUCGGAAGAAGGAACCGAAGCGGAACCCGAAAUGGAAGUUGAACAUGAGGAAGAGCACGACCAUAGCGAGGCCCCGGAAGCGGAAAAUGAGCAUGAAGAGCCGGUGGAGCAGGAGCACGAAGAGGAACAAACCCAGCCUACGACAGAUCAAUCCCAACAACAGCAACAACAAGAGCAAGACGGAAAGUCGAAGGUCGGAGACUGCCAAUUUAUCCUCCAGCCAAUGAAAUGGGGUCUCAUCCCCUCCUGGACCUUCAAAUCCAAGUCCAAGUCGAAGUUCCAGAAACCAGCAUCAACAAAUUAUACAACAACCCUCAAAACCAUCAACUGCCGCGACGACUCCCUUUUAUCAUCAAGCGGAAUCUGGUCCAGCAUCAAACACCGGCACCGCUGCAUCAUCCCGGCGCAAGGCUUUUUCGAAUGGCUCAACACUCCCGGUACAUUCAGCAAGGGAGGGGUUGAAAAGAUUCCGCAUUUUGUGAAAAGGAAAGAUGGGAAGUUGAUGUUAUUCGCUGGGUUAUAUGAUUGCGCCCAUUUUACUGAUCCCGAAACUGGGGAGGAAGGGGAGGUGUGGUCAUAUACGAUUAUUACGACAAGCUCUAAUGAGCAGUUGAGGUUUUUGCAUGAUAGGAUGCCGGUUAUUUUGGAGCCCAGGUCGGAUGCCCUGAGGAAAUGGUUGGAUCCGGAAAGGAAUACAUGGGGGGAGAAGUUGCAGGGGGUGUUGAAGCCGUUUGAAGGGGAAUUGGAGGUUUAUCCGGUUGAUAAGAGGGUGGGGAAGGUGGGGAAUGAUGGGGAGGAUUUGAUUGUGCCGAAGGAGGUGAGGAGGGAGGAGAGAGAUAUUGGGAGUUGGUUUGGUGGUGGUGGUGGUGGGAAGGGGAAGGGGAGCAAGGAAGAGGUGAAGAACGAGGAGAAGAAAGAGAAGGGGCUGAAAAAGGAGAAGGGGAAGAAAGAGAAAGAUGAGGCAGAAGCAGACGCAGAGGUGGAAGUCAAGCUCGACACUGGCAAGAUCAAGACUGAGUCCGUGGAUGAGUUGAUGGAAGAAGCGGGUCAAGAAGAGGAGAAAGAAGUGCGAGGCAUCAAGAGGGAGGCGUCUUCGGAGCCGGGUGAUGAUGAGCAACCGCCUGCUAAGAAGUCGACGGGGACCGGAACGAAAUCGUCACCACUCAAGGGGAGUCAGAGUCAGAACAAGCCGCCACCGCCAACGCCGACAAAAACGAAAGGAAAGCCAAUUAGUGCCACAAAAAACAAAGGGAAGGGGAGCCCAAUCAAGCACAAAAAUGCACCGCCGCCGGGGAUGCAGAAGAUCACAAAGUUCUUUGGGAAUAGUGCUUGA